AUGGCCUCCUCCACCUCCCAGCUCCCCGCCUACAAGCAGGACUUCCUCAAGGCCGCCAUCGACGGCGGCGUCCUCAAGUUUGGCAGCUUCGAGCUCAAGUCCAAGCGGAUAUCCCCCUACUUCUUCAACGCCGGCGAAUUCCACACCGCCCGCCUCGCCGGCGCCAUCGCCUCCGCCUUUGCAAAGACCAUCAUCGAGGCCCAGGAGAAGUCGGGUCUCGAGUUCGACAUCGUCUUCGGCCCCGCCUACAAGGGCAUCCCGCUGUGCUCCGCCAUCACCAUCACGCUCGGCGAGCUCAGCCCCAAGAACCUGGACAGCAUCUCGUACUCGUUUGACCGCAAGGAGGCCAAGGACCACGGCGAGGGCGGCAACAUUGUCGGCGCUUCGCUCAAGGGCAAGAAGGUCCUCAUUGUCGACGACGUCAUCACCGCCGGCACCGCCAAGAGGGACGCCAUUGAGAAGAUCACCAAGGAGGGCGGCAUUGUUGCCGGCAUCGUCGUUGCUCUGGACCGCAUGGAGAAGCUUCCCGCUGCGGAUGGGGACGACUCCAAGCCUGGCCCGAGUGCCAUUGGCGAGCUGAGGAAGGAGUAUGGCAUUCCCAUCUUUGCCAUCCUCACCCUGGAUGACAUUAUCGACGGCAUGAAGGGUUUUGCUACCCCUGAGGAUAUCAAGAACACGGAGGAGUACCGAGCCAAGUACAAGGCCACCGACUAA